AUGCUGUCUUUGGCGGCCGGCCUCGCCUCUGCUGCCCUGUACGACAGCAUCGUCCAGACCAAGUACGGUGCGGUACAAGGAUAUGCUGCCUUCAACAGCACCCCGUCCGGCGACAACCUCACCAACUGGAAAGACAUCACCGUUUGGAAGGGCAUUCCCUUCGCUGCUACCACCGGGGGUGAGAACCGGUGGAAGGCCCCUCAGCCCGCCAGCGCCUGGAACGGCACCUUCGACGCCAGGGAGUUCGGUAACGUGUGUCCCUCUGCCACCCAGGGCUUCAAUGACUACACUAUCGACGAGGACUGCCUGAACCUCAAUAUCUGGAGUGCAGCCAACUCGAGCGAGGCUAAGCUUCCAGUGGUGAUGUGGAGUUACCCUGCCCUGUCGACUGCCGCCGACAACCUCUUUAACGGCGCCGGCAUGGCUGAUAAAGGCAUCGUCUAUGUUAACUAUAAUUACCGGACGGGUGCCUUUGGCUGGCUGUCGCAUCCCGAACUUUCUGAGGAAUUCCAGCAGACCACCGGCCACAACUCCUCAGGUAACUGGGGUAUGCUCGACCAGUUCGCUGCGUUGAAGUGGAUUCAUGAGAAUAUUGCCGCCUUCGGUGGUGACCCCGACCACAUUACUGUUAUGGGCCAGUCCGCUGGCUCUGCUGCUACACAGCAUAUUCUCAAUAGCCCCCUGACCAAGGGGUUGAUUGUUGGCGCGAUUAUUGAGAGUGGUGUCCGCAACCCCCAUGACCCCCUGUGCGGCAGUGUGGCCGAGAACUACAACACCUUGGAUGUCUCCCUGGCGCAGGGCGUGCGCCUUCUGAAGGCGCUGAACGUGUCAUCGAUCGCCGAGGCGCGCGAGAUCUCCUACGAGACGAUUGCGGAGCUCGCGAGCACCACCACCUUUGGCUCCAGCAGCAGCGGGGAAUCAUGGAGCUUCUCCGCCACCCUGGACUACUACGCGAUGCCGGACACCUACUACAACACUUUGGUUAAGGGAUUGGCGCACGAUGUGCCCGUUAUCACCGGUAACACCAAGGAUGAGAGCGGCGCCACGUUCAACCUGACGCUAUCGCUGGCCGACUACCUGUCCGACAUGAACAGCACCUUCUCAGGCGAGUGGCUGCAGCGGUUUUUGAAGGCCUACGCGGCCAACUCCUCACUGUCAGCGCCCGGCGCCUACAACUCACAGUGGACCGACCGGUCCAAAGUAGGCACAUGGGGCUGGGCGCAGCUGUGGAACACCGCCUACACCAGUCCGGUCUACUCUUACUUCUGGGACCACGCUCCUCCCGGCCAGGAUCAAGGCGCCUACCACGAGUCCGAGAUCAACUACGUUCUGAAUAAUCUCUUCGACACGGACUUGCCCUGGACAACUACCGAUUACGAGAUCGCCAACAAGCUGAACUCCUACUGGGUUAACUUCAUCAAGACCGGUAACCCCAACGGCGUCGACGCCAACGGCCAGGCCUUGGUCCACUGGGGCCCCACCACCACGGCCCAGACCGUCCAGCAUGUCGGGAAUGGCUGGGGCGCUAUCCCCAUUGCUCCUAAGGCCAAGGUUGAGUUGUUCCAGGAGUGGUUCGAGACCCAAUCGCUAUACUGA